AUGGGAAAUCAAUGAACUGGGAAUAGGUUUAGCCAAUGCGUCCGCAUGUCAUGAAUAGAGACAAAUAAUGAACCAACAAAAAAGGAUCCGAACCAAUUUCCUGAAGAAGAUGAUAUACAUAAAUAAAAUUGAUAAAUAUGUAGAAAACUUUCAUCGUGAUAAAUAAGCAUGUCAAGAACAAAAGGUCUGGUCACCCCUAUCACAGAAAGUACACUAAGCAUAGAUAUAUUACACAGAUGAGUGGCAGGAAAAAUUGUGACAAGAGGAUGUCUAAAUCUGUCCCUCCUGAGCACCAGACUUGAUCUCGUGAAGAAUUUGAGAGAGAUCAUAACACUAGACAUUUCCCUCAAAUAAAUGCUUCCAACAAUAACCUCAGCGACCAGCCUGAGUGUGAAAAUGGGAUGAAAGGAGAAAAUCCAGCUGAUAAAGAUUCUGGAGGGAGCUCCCAGAAAUACCCAGCAGUCGGGCUAAACAAGCUUAAGGAUAGGGUAGUAGACCAAAGGCCAGACAAUGCCAUGAAUACAGGUCAUAGUCAAAGGAAAGUUAUUGCAAAAAGUAAAUAUUCAUCUAGUAAUUACGAGGAUGGGACUUCUAACAUGAAUCUGUCUUUAAGCAACCUGAAUUUCUCAGCCUUAGUCAAGGCUUAUGAUGAAACUCCUAAGGAAAAAGUCAAAUCAAAUGACUUUAACCUGGCAAUCCAAAAUGAGGAAAAGUCUGUAAGGAUGGAGAACGAGGAAGGCUAUGAGACGCCUAAUCUUGGAAUGAGAGGAAACCCCAGCUUGAAAAACUUGCAAAGGAAUUCCAAGGAAAUCAAGGAAUUUGAAAGUAUGGUGGUGAGUAAUAAGAUCAUUCACAAUAUACACCAAGAUUCUGGAAAUUUAGACGCAGUGAAUCUCAUCAUAAAUAUUAAUGAUAGGCCAGCUAAGUUUGUAGAUGAGUAUAUUGAUGAAGACUCCAGCUCCCCUGCAGUCAGCAGUGUUAGCGAAGAAAACUUGGAAGAAAUUAUAAUGGAGAAGGUUGUUAAUGUUCAAAGAUACAGAAACCCAAGGGAUUCUAGUUAUAAGGAGCUAGUUGAAGAAUAUCAGCAGCGGUCUAGCAAACACUCACAUCAUAAAAAUUUCAGCACUGGCAAUCUUUUUCGUAAUUUUUAUCGUAGUUCUCGCCAGAAUGAUGCAAAUAAAUCUAUAAGAGGAGAGCAUGAAGAUAAUGAAGCUAUCUUUCUAGAAGGAAAAAUGGAGACUAAUAAGCCAAGCCCUAAACGAUGAAUACCAAAGAAGAGCAUGGUCCACGGCAAAUCAAGUGUGGGAUACAAACCUUUUGGCAAAAGAAGAUUAUAUAAUAUUUUUCAAUAA